UCACCUUUUCAUCAUGCCUCAAACUAACAUCGACAGAGGAGGUGAGGCGUGCAGGUCAGAGGUUGGAAAAAGUCAGAAGCAGACACUGGUCUGCUCUCUGUCCUGACACUAACGAGAAGAAGCCAACCAGAUUGUUCUCCCCUCACUGCCUUUGUCACCUCCUAGUUACCCUCCCCCACUGCUCACCUGUGGCUGCAGAUCACCUGACCAGACAACCAGCAGCUCUGAAAUGACAGCUCUAUGACCUGUUACCUGCCUUCACUUGUCUCCAGUCACAAACCAGUUUAUGUCAACCACCAAGACACUCAGGGUUCUGUCCUCUUCACCAACUCAACUGUAAUCGUCUGAACUGUUUUCUGGGUGCUCUCUCUCCAACCACUUCCACCGACCGACACCGUAGAAGAGGUCGAGUGAGUUUUAGAGUAAAUGAAAAGAGAGAGCUGUGGUGGAGAGAAAACUGUGUUGAAGUAAAUCAGAGAAUAUUUAAUGUUAUUUUCCAUGUGUUUUUGUUCUAAAGCAGUCUGGUGAAGUCUGGUGUAGUUCUUCUCUGUGUCCAGCAGAGGUCAGAAAAGACAACAACUAUCAGAAGAGUUUGAAGUGAAAAACAAACACACUGAACUCUUUUUAUGAGCUGCAAUAGAGUCACACCUGGUAAUAAAAUAAGUAAUAAUCUCAGUGCACUUUAAACUGAUCACAUCUGAACCUGAAGGAGGAAACAAAUUGUGACAAACAGAGCUGCAGUCAGAGGAGGAGCUAAACUGGAAAGACCAGAUUCAACGUCACUUUACCGAAAUGAAAGUGAAACUUAGUCAGAGCGACGGCAGAGCUGCAGUCCAGACAGAUCUCUGUGUUAAUGUCUGAAGAAAAUUCAUCUGAGUUCAUCUGUUCUUUCUCAACAUCUGACUCAAAUACUGACAUGUCUGCUGCCAGAAGUCUGAGAUCUGAAGAUCAGUUUCUGUGCUCCAUCUGUCUGGAUGUGUUCACUGAUCCAGUCACUACAUCAUGUGGACACAACUUCUGCAAACACUGCAUCACUCAACACUGGGAUCAUAAUGACACGUUCCAGUGUCCAAUGUGUAAAAAAGUGUUUGAGACAAGACCUGAACUAAACAUCAACAGAUUGUUGUGUGAGAUGGUUGCUGAGUUCAGACAUGAAGCUCAACAGAAAACCAGCAGCGGCAGCUCAGAGCAACAAGUUGCCAAACCAGGAGAAGUUCCUUGUGACAUCUGCACUGGAACCAAACUGAAGGCCCUGAAGUCCUGCCUGGUGUGUCUGCUCUCCUACUGUGACUCUCACCUGGAGCCUCAUCUGACAAUGUCACGCCUGAAAAGACAUCAGCUGAUCCACCCUGUGGACAACCUGGAUGACAGGAUGUGUAGGAAGCACGAUAAACCUCUGGAGCUGUUCUGUAAGACCGACCAGACAUGUGUCUGCAUGCUCUGCUCUGUUUUAGACCACAAGACACAUGAGUUUGUUCCUUUGAAAGAAGGUUAUGAAGGAAAGAAGGCAGAGCUGGAGAAGACAGAGGAUGAAAUUCAGCAGAUGAUCCAGAAGAGACAACUGAAGAUUGAGGAGAUGAAAGAGUCAGUGAAGAUGAGUAAAGAUGCUGCAGACAGAGAGAAAGCAGAAGGUGUUCAGGUCUUCACUGCUCUGAAGGAGUCAGUUGAGAGAGGCCUGGACCAGCUCAUAAAGGAGAUCGAAGACAAACAGAAAACAACAGAGAAAGAGGCUGAAGGUUUCAUCAAAGAUCUGGAACAGGAAGUCUUUCAGCUGAUGAAGAGGAGCUCUGAGGUAAAGCAGCUUUCACGCUCUGAAGACCACCUCCACCUCCUCCAAAGCUUCUCCUCCCUGAAAGCUGCUCCACCCACCAAGGACUGGACAGAGGUCAGCGUCCCUCCACCAUCAUAUGAGGGGACUGUGGUGAGAGCUGUGACUCAGCUGGAGGAGACACUCAGUAAAGACGUGAAGAAGCUGCUUGAGGCUGAGCUGAAGAGGGUCCAGCAGUAUGCAGUGGAUGUGACUCUAGAUCCUGAUACAGCACAUCCUGCACUCAUCCUGUCUGAUGAUGGAAAACAAGUGACUCAUAGUGACAUGAAGAAGGAACUUCCAGACAACCCAGAGAGAUUUUCUGAAUGUGCCUGUGUUUUAGGAAAGAAGAGUUUCUCUUCAGGUAGAUUUUACUUUCAGGUUCAGAUUAAAGGAAAGACUGACUGGGAUCUAGGAGUGGCCAGAGCGUUAAGCAACAGGAAGGGCAUCAUCAUAGCAAGUCCUCAGGAUGGUUACUGGACUGUUUGUUUGAGAAAUGGAAAUGAAUACAAAGCUCUUGCUGGUCCUCCAGUGCGUCUCUCUCUUGUUUCUCAUCCUGAGAAGGUGGGGGUGUUUGUGGAUCAUGAGGAGGGUCUGGUCUCCUUUCAUGAUGUAGAUACUACAGCUCUUAUCUACUCCUUUACUGGCUGCUCCUUCAAUGACAAACUUUAUCCAUUCUUCAGUCCCUGUAAUAACAGAGGUGGUAAAAACUCUGCACAUCUGAUCAUCUGUCCUGUCAAUCAAACUGUCUGAUCCAUUUAAUGAUGAAGCUUUGAGAUCAAUGAAUUAACUUAUUGAUUUUCACUCUUUAUUCCUACUCUGUACAUAUAUGCUUUAAUACUACAAUACUGGUACAGCUGAGAGCACAAAGAUAUCAAUGGAUUAGAGAGAUACGGUACAAACUGCUUAUUCUGGAAUAAAAUGAUUUCAUUGUUAAUUAUGAUAAAAAUGUUCAUAUCAACUUGUUUUCUUUAAUUAAUGUUCUCAUUCCUUUAUUCAUCAGUUUAGAUUUAAUGGUUGUUGGACUUUUACCUUUUACUUUUUUGUAAAAUGUUUUUACUCUGUUGAUUCAUGAAACUCUUGUGUGGAAUUUGUGAUAAUUGUAAAAUGAGCAUUAAUUAAAGUCCUAGAGCUGUGAA